AUCAAGCGCGUGGUCAGACGCGCGCAUCGUCAUGACGAAAAUAUUGUUUUGUGCGUUUUUACUUGGAUUGUGUGUGUAUGUUUUUGCUGAUGUGAACAGCGAAUGGGCCGGUGAUUAUGAUUAUAACAGCUACGAAUAUGUUCCAAAUGAGAAAGAGAUCGGUGAAACGAGUAACAAAGAAAUAGAUGAAUUUCGAAAAGAAGUAGAAGAUUCUAUUGCUGAAGCAGAAAACGACGACUAUGACAUCAUCGAUUAUCAGUUUGAAGACAAUAGAUCCGAGGCAGAUGAUAAACCAAAUGGCGAUGCUGCAGAUGUUAAAGAACCUGACGUACAUUUUUUCUCUGAAAACACAAAUUCCCACGAGGAAAAGGAAAACGGUCUAUCCGAUGAAAUUUUAAAAUACGACGAGAAGAAAGAACCAGAGCAAGAUAUCAUUGAAGAAACUAAAGCAAUUCUAAACGAAGAUGAUGGAAAUGACUUUGAGAAAAUUCGACCAUUGAGUCAAGAUUUACCUGAUAUAAAAGAUAUAGUAGAAGAGACUAAGAAAUUAUUGAACGAAACCGAUGACAGCUUCGACAGUAAAGCAAACGUUAAAAAUGUAAACGAAAAUGAAGUUGAGAAAGUGGCAGAAGAUAAAUCAGAGAAGCUUGUUCAGUCUCCUGAUGAGUUCAAGUCUUCAUUGAAUGAAUUGCUUGACACUUUGCAUCAACUCGACGGUGAUGAGAAAGAUGAUGAUUAUGACUAUGACAGUCAAUUUGACUAUUAUCCAAUUAAUGAUGAUAAACAAGAUUCUGAUAAGCCUGUCGAAAAGCCGCACGAUGAUGAAAUACUGAUAGAUGAGCCAUCAUCAGUCGAUAGCAAAACAACGCAAACUCCCAUAUUUUACUUAAAUGAUGCUCUGCCAGCUGCAGAAUCUAAUUCAUCUCAAGCAGUUGAGACAACAGUCCAUACAACUUUAUCCGAAGAUAUUAAAACUACGGAAACUUUAGAACUGGCAACAGGAAAAGAUGAAAAAUUAACAACACAAAAUGUAGAUCAAUUAAAGACAGAAACUUUAACCCAGAAAACAAUUGCGCAGGAACUUACAGAAACAACAGUUACAAAUGAAAAUAAAAACAUCACAAAUGAGAAUAUAGUGGCGCAAUCAAAACCUGUGAACACGGUUCAAAUUCAACUGAAUGUUAAUGAAAAUACGAAAGUAGUGUCACCAAACUAUCCUAAUGCGUACCCGACGUACCAAAUAACAGAUUAUAUAAUAACUGGUGACGGUGAAGGCAUUGAGAUGAACGUCACUGACUUCGCAAUUAACAGUUUUGUUGGAGACUAUGUGCUAAUCAUACCAGGUCAAACCACCAAGGACAGUUCUGAUGGUAUCCUCGCCACUUACACCCUGAAGAGCGAACGAAGGUUCCGUUUCACUGAUGUUGACAGAAUGUUCAUCAGGUUCGAAGCGAUGCAGGGCAUGCAGUUCCAGAGAGGCUUUAGCAUUAGUUUGAGGAUGAUUAUGCCAAGAACAGACGUAGUAGUAGACGAAGAUCAUGAAGAAGAACCAGUUAUCAAGACCUCUGAGGACAGUUUCCGCGUGAACUUAGGAGGGGUCUCCGUUAAUGGUUUCUUCGCUAUUGAGGAGGAUUUCCGUAAACUAGUUGCUGAUAUGGCCACUAUGUAUAUCAAUGCUAAAGGAAUUGAUAUGGGGUUGAAUACUACGUUAGAAAUCACACAGAUCAAAAAGACGGGCAUUUGCUACCAAAACUGGCCGGGUUCAGAGCAGUGCGUGGAGGUGACGUUCGCGGUUCCUCUGCAGUAUGUAGCUGAUGAUGAAGAGGAUCUGGAGACGAGGCUCACGGAGCAGGACCUGCAGGACAUGUGGGAGAUGUACUCCAGGGUCGAUCCGUUUGCUGUGCGGCUGGAACAGCUUGGUGUUGUGGAAUUCACGUACCCCAACGAACGUAGCGUGGUGACCGUGUGGCUGGUGCUAGCCGCUGGUGUGGUCAUCUCGAUGGCCAUGCUCGCCUUCGCGCUGUGGCGGUACAGCUGCUUUGAGGAGUAUACCAAAAUGCCCUCGUACAGCGACACAGACAGCUUGAACGACAAGCGCGUGCUGGACCUGUACCCGACCCCGCACCAGACCCUCCCCCCCCUGUACACGGAGGACUUCAACUGGGCGGACGAUAAAUAUGAUAUUACUAAAGAUCACGGCUACUCAAACAACAGUUAUUUGCGCGACGAUAUGUUUGACAUCGACUCCGACGAGGACACGCUUCGUACUCAAAACGGGAGGUACACCACAGACGUGUAGCCGUAUGUCAUCGAUAUCGACCUGAAGCCAUCAGCCCUCGUGAUAUUUACCACGUGUGAUUGCACCAAAUUUAGAUUUAAAAUUAGUUAUGACGUAAUUGUAAAUAAAAGUUAAGACCUGUUUGACAGUUAGUUCUGUUGUUUAUUCUUAUUUUUGGUUUAGGGCCGAUUUUUCAAUCCUUAGUUAAAACUUCAUCGAAUUUCGUAUUUUAUUUUAACAACCAUUUUAAAAAUGUGUUAGAGCUAGCAACUUUUGU